GUGGUUUAAUGAGAGGAGUCUAGAGAAAGAGAGUUAGUUCAAAGUUACAUCUUUUCUUCUCUCUUCUUCUCUCUUUUCUCCUCUCCUGGAGGAGACUUAGGGGCCUCUUAGGUAGUGGCAGCUGUCUGUUGUGGGUAAAUGUUUAAUUUAUUGAAAUGAAGCAGGGCAGACAGGCCAGACCAGCAGCACCUGGGGACUGAGACGGGGGCCUUGUGUAGGCCUUCUCUCGCUGUGAGGCACUGACCCGCUCACCGCCCCUCUCUUACUAAGAACUGCAAAUGUUGAAGGAGUAGGAGAGAAGAUGUCAAGAUGAGUGGGGACGUAGCAGAUUCUACAGAUGCUCGAAGUGCUCUAAGCCAGGUGGACACAGGAAAUGAUCGAAAUGGCUUAGAUUUCAACAGGCAGAUUAAAACUGAGGACCUCAGCGAUUCCCUGCAGCAGACUCUCUCUCAUCGACCAUGUCACUUGAGUCAAGGACCUGCCAUGAUGCCCGGAAAUCAAAUGUCUGGGGACAUGGCCUCCCUCCACUCACUCCAGCAGCUCGUGCUGGUUCCCGGACACCUACAGUCUGUUUCCCAGUUCCUGCUAUCUCAGACCCAGCCUGGGCAGCAAGGUCUGCAGCCGAAUCUUCUCCCCUUUCCGCAGCAACAGAGCUCCCUCCUCCUCCCGCAGCCGGGGCCUGGCCUGGCAUCCCAGGCAGUUGGGCGCCCUGGGCUACCAGGAUCUUCUUUAGAACCCCAUCUGGAAGCAUCUCAGCAUCUCCCGGUGCCCAAGCAUCUCCCCAGCGCUGGAGGAGCUGACGAGCCCAGUGACCUGGAGGAGCUGGAGAAGUUUGCCAAGACCUUCAAGCAGAGGCGCAUUAAGCUGGGCUUCACACAGGGAGAUGUGGGUCUGGCCAUGGGAAAGCUGUAUGGUAACGACUUCAGCCAGACAACUAUCUCACGAUUUGAGGCCCUCAAUCUGAGCUUCAAGAACAUGUGCAAGCUCAAGCCGCUGCUGGAGAAGUGGCUGAACGAUGCAGAGUCCUCCCCAUCGGACCCCUCCAUGAGCACCCCCAACUCUUACCCUGCCCUCAGCGAGGUGUUCGGGAGGAAGAGGAAGAAGCGGACCAGCAUCGAGACCAACAUCCGUCUGACUCUGGAGAAGAGAUUUCAAGAUAACCCCAAACCCAGCUCUGAGGAGAUCUCCAUGAUUGCAGAGCAGUUGUCCAUGGAGAAGGAGGUGGUGAGGGUCUGGUUCUGCAACCGACGACAAAAGGAGAAGCGAAUCAACUGCCCUGUGGCCACACCCAUCAAAUCAUCCAUGUACAGUUCCCGGCUGGUGUCUCCCUCUGGAUCUCUGGGCCCCCUCUCUGUCCCUCCAGUCCACAGCACCAUGCCUGGAACAGUAACGUCAUCCUGUUCCCCUGGGAACAACAGCAGGCCAUCUUCUCCCGGCUCAGGACUCCAAGCCAGCAGCCCCACUGCAUCUCAAAAUAACUCCAAAGUGGCCGUGAACUCCUCCUCCAGUUUUAACUCUUCAGGAUCUUGGUAUCGAUGGAGUCAUCCCACCUACCUCCACUGAGACCAAAAAGUUUCUCCUCUGACACCUGGCCCUGUAUUCCCCACCAGAAGGAAGGGAGUCAUGCCUUCUCUGUGUGGACAGAUUACUUUCAGGAGAGAGAGCGGAAGAGGAUGAACCCAAACUCUUGUCUUCGGAGCAAGGGCCUCCAGAGAUCCAAACUGUGAUUAAACUGUGUGCUGAUUCCUAGCGCUCUUGAAACGCACAUCCCUCCUAGGAGUUGGUCAUUUUUACCUUCCUCGCCUGCACCCUUCUCUAAAUAUUUCAGACAGUUUCCUUGCUGCAGUGGCCUUUGAAAAAGGACUUUUUAUUAUUCUCCAGCUCGUCUCCAGUUCAUUCUGGGCACAGCCAUUCACCUGGUGCCAAACUACCAGAGGGGAGAGAACGGGUUUUGACUCUGAACUUAGCCACAGUCCGAGAACUGAUUCUAGAAUCUGUGAAAAGAUUUGAAUCUGAUGUCUCCACCAAAGCAUUGAUUUUUUUUCUGUUCAGCAAAGUUUUCAUUUCACCCCACUUUCUCUUUAGCCCCGCCCCCUUUUCUAGAACCAAAUCCAUUCAUAAUCGUGUUCUCCAAAUUCCCUCCUCUUUCCUCAGUCCCCUGGGCACAUUUCUCUGCCCACAGGUGCUCUUCUGUCUGCUUUGUCUGCCCCAGAGUUCAGGAACACUUGUCUCUUCUCUCCUUCCCUGUGUUUCUUCUUCUCUCCUUCUCUCCCCUGUCUCCUGUUGCAGAAGGAGGAACACGAAAGCAAACACACAACAAUUAUGCUGGCAACAUACCUGUAUAUAGCCCUUUCCUUUUUUUGAAUUAUGUUAAUCUCUCCUUAAUGUGGAAUUUUCCAGCAAAAUGUUUAACUCAGGUGUGAAUUUUGAAGAUGUCUCUGUAAUAUAUUAUCUUCUUUAACAAAAAAGAAAGAAAAAAAAAUACCAAAGUGUGAACUACUGUGCUAGCUUCCACAGGAGUUCUCAUGCGGGCUGGGAAUCAUUGUUGAUUUUUGCAGGAACAUUCUUUCUCCAGUCUCUUUCUUUGUGGGCCAGUGUGUAGACCUGUAACAUGAAGCCACUGUAGAAAUGGUUGCUUUUUUUUUUUUUUAAGACUGCGUAUCCAAGAAAAUGUUGAGAUUCAAAGGAAUCUCUCUGUUCCUAAAUAAAUUUGUUUAGUGAUAUAUACAGUAUUCCACUAUUAGUAAGAAGCUACUACUACUAAGUCGCUUCAGACUCCGCGACCCCGUAGAUGGCAGCCCACCGGGGUCCUCUGUCCCUGGGAUUCUCCAGGCAAGAACACUGGAGUGGGUUACCAUUUCCUUCCUCGAUGCAUGCUAAGUCGCUUCAGUCAUGUUCAACUCUGUGCGACCCUAUGGACAGCAGCCCACCAGGCUCCUCUGUCCACGGGAUUCUCUAGGCAAGAAUACUGGAGGAUGUUGCCAUUUCCUUCUCCAAUUGGUAAGAAGUUUAGAUUAUUCUGUGUCUUUUGUUGUGGGGGAAUGUGAAUGCAAAUAAUGAAACAGGAUGGAUAAAGUGUUUCAAAUUGGUGGAUUAAGUUUAUUACUUCCCCAGCUGAUGCUGAAGAUGACAUACAUUAAUACAGGGCUCUGGAUAGUUCAGAGAUUCUACUCUUUUUGACUGAACAACCUUGAGGAAAGUGUAGCUAAGAGAUUGGCUUCCUCAUUUUGUAAGUGGGAGAAUGGUAAACGUGUAAGGUCAAGUUGUUUGGAGACUUAUGAGGUGAAGUCUGGGGUUUAUAGCUCAUAUCUCAGAAAUCCAAAAGGUCAUGAAAGUGAUAGAUAUUUGAGACAAGGGAUGAUUCAAAAGUCAAGUGUAUUUGGCUUUUGAGUGCACUGUGACUUUCGAUGAAGCAGUUGAGAGGCAAGGAAGCUAUGCUUGUGGUCUUUCUUGGGUUAAUAAAAACUUAAAUAGUUACCAUUUUUGAGGCAAACAUUGACCUGUAAGAAAAGGAGACCCUUCAAAAAUGUAAUGACUGAAGGGAAGAAAUGAAAAUUAGCAUUAAACAUUUGUUGCAAAUAGUAAUAUCCAAAGGGGAAAUCUAUAUGCAAAUAACCACAAAUUAACUGGGGCUUUUUUUGAUGGGGCUUAUAUUAAAAGUAAUAUUUCGUGCAGUGAAGUGGGAGAAAGCCUAUUGGUAGUGGUUACUUUGUCAAGAAAAGAUCUAGUUGAAAGGAGCUAGGUAUGCACCAAGGAGACAAGAGGAGCCUGCAGCAAUAAUUUAAUUGUAUAAACUACUCUGCCCUCAUAGGCCCAUCUGUGCAUACACACGUGUGUGUGCACUGUUCUUUGUAUACUUGUGGGUGCCAGAGUAGACUUUCCUACAGCAGUAUUGGCUACUUUGAUACCUUGUUCAGGUGAGUGCUGAAAGUUGAUGACCUGCACUGUCCAUGAAUCUGGUGUUCACUCAUUUGACCCUUUAACAAAUAUUUUAUUUUUUCAGAGCAGUUUUAGGUUUACAGCAAAAUUAAGAGGAAGCUACAGAGAUUUCUUGUACACCUCUUGCCCCCAUAUAUUCAUAGCUUUCCCCAUUAUCAAUGUCAUUCACGAGAAAGUAUUUUUUUUUUUUUUUUUACCAAGAAUGAAUCUACACUGACACAUCACAAUCACCCAAAGUCCAGCAUUAAACAUUUGUUAGCUUACCUUGGAGUUCUCUCUAGAUGUCGUACCUUCUCUAGGUUUGGAAAAAAGUAUAAUGAUCCGUAUCCAUCAUUAUAAUAUCAUACAGAGUAUUUUUCACUACCCUAACAACCCUCUGUGCUCUACCUAUUCAUCUCUCCCUGACACACCCUUACAGUCUUUUUACUGUCGCAAUAAUUUUGCCUUUUCCAGAAUGUCACAUGGUUGGAAUCAUAGUAUAUAGCCUUUCCAGAUAGGCUUAUUUCAAUUAGUAAUAUGCGUUUAAGUUUCUUUGAUGUCUUUUCAUGAGCUUGCUAGCUCAUUUCUUUUUAAUGCUGAAUAAUAUCCUAAUGUCUGGAUGUACCACAGUUUAUUUAUUUGUUUACCUACCGAAGGACAUCUUGGUUGCUUCCAAAUUUUGGCAAUUAUGAAUAAAGCUGCUAUAAAUAUCUGUGAACGGGUUUUUGUGUAGUCAUAAAUUUUCAGUUCAUUUAGGCAAAUACCAAGGAGUGUGACUGCCAGAUUGUGAGUACAUUUAGUUUUGUAAGAAACCACCAAACUGUCUUCCCAAGUGGCUAUACCACUUUGCAUCCUCACCAGCAAUGUUAUUAGAGUUCUUGUUGCUCUGCAUCCUUCUAGCCUUUGUUGUCAGUGUUUGGGAUUUUGGUCAUUUUAAUAGGAAUACAGUGGUAUCUGAUUGUUGUUUUAAUUUGCAUAUCCCUGAUGAUAUGAUGUGGAACAACUUUUCAUCUGUGUAUCUUCUCUGGGGAGAUGUCUAUUAAGAUCUUUGGCCCAUUUUUAAAUCAAGUUGUCUGUUUUUUUACUGUUGAGUUUUAACAGUUCUUUGUAUAUUUUGGAUAACAGUCCUUUAUCAGAUGUGUCUUUUGCAAAUAUUUUCCCCAAGUCUGUGAUUUCUCUUCUCAUUCUCUUGAUAUUGUCUUUUGCAGAACAGAAAUCUUUCAUUUUAGUGAAGUCCAGCUUGUGAAUUAUUUCUCUCAUGGUCUGUCUCUGGUCGUGUGUCUAAAAAGGCAACAGCAUACCCAGCAUCAUUUAGGGUUCCUCCUAUGCUAUCUUCUAAAAGCGGUUCCCAACCUUUUUAGAACCAGGAACCAGUUUCAUGGAAGACAAUUUUUCCACGGACCAAGGGGGAGCGAAUGGUAUGAUUACCAUCAUGGUUUAUCAGGAUGAUUUAAGCAUAUUAUAUUUAUUUCGCAGUUUACUUCUAUUAUUAUUAUCACAUCAGCUCCACCUCAGAUCAUCAGGCAUUAGAUCCUGGAGGUUGGGGACCUCUGUUCCAGGAGUUUUAUAGCUUUGUGUUUUACAUUUAGGCCUGUGAUCAUUUUGAGUUAAGUUUUGUGAUGGUGUAAGGUCUGAGUCGAGAUUCAUUUUUUCACAUGUGGGUGUCCAGUUGUCCCAGCUCCAUCUGUUGAAGACACUAUCUUUAUCCUAUUGUAUUGCCUUUGCAUCUUUGUCAAAAAUCAGUGGACUAUAUUUAUGGGGGUCUAUUUCUGGGCUAUUUGACCAUGGUUUUUAUAAAAGAAAUAAACAGAAUUGUAGUCUACC